AUGGAAAUGAACCAGAAACAGUUUGAGUUGAAACAGCAAUUAGAUUUGGCAAAGCUCGAAGCUGACAGGGACAUUUUCAAAGCGAAAGAAAAGGCUGAAUUGGCUGAGCUUGAAGCUAAAUUUGCAGAAGCCGAGUUCUCGCAACUUUUGUUAAAUGGAGAUUUAUCACCUAGCCGUGCUCUCAACCCUUUAGAACUGACUCCUGAAAUUACUCUCGUUACUUCGUCACUCGUGGUCCCGGCUGUAUCCACGCAGGCCUCCACGUUUCCAGCCACGCCUAGGAGAGUUUACACGUUUCCCGCUGCACAUGAACGAACUCACGCGGAUCCGUCACUUACCACGCGAGUUACCACGUUUCCCACCAUUGACAUUCGAGGUCACGCGAAUUCGACUCUGACUUCUCGAGAUAACACGUUGCCUCCUAUUGCCACGCGUGGUUACGGGAGUCCGACUUUGUCCGCACUAUUCCUUCCGUCCCAAUCCGUGACAUCACAGCCCGACAGCUUCCCUUCAUGGUCUCUCCCUUUCGUGGCCUCCACGCAUGUUUACACUCGCCCAAUUGUGUCCGUGCGAGUUCCCACGUCUUCUUCUACAGAUGCCAUUCCGCUUACGCCUACAAGGUUUCCUCUUGCGACUUCGCGCGUGUCUUCAUUUCUAGACAGACCUGCCAUGUCUUCAGGGGCAUCUAACAUUGCGCACCCCUCUAUUGCAAGAAAUGUUUAUGGUUCCCAGCCAAUGGUAACUUCACACUACCCAGCUUCUAGGUUUAACACCGCUGGUCAAGACUAUACGUGUACUGCAGCCUCAACUGGCCCUGCCAACGUUUGGUGUCCCCCACUUACCCCUUUGCCUACAAGUGAAAACCUUCUCGCAAUGAUUGCCACCACUAUGGAGAAAAUGAACGCUGAUCGCGGUUUACCAGCGAUGCAAGUACUCAAGUUUGAUGGUUCGCCCGAGAACUAUCCGGUUUUU